AUGGUGGCCACCAGGCUUUGGCUCUCAGAGCUCCAUCUCUUCUUCCGCUCCGAAUCCGCAAGAAAGAAGCGCUCCGCAUCGUCUGAUUCCAAGCAGCCUACUCUAGGGAUUCUCGCCUUCGAGACCGCACGGACCAUGGCCCAACUCAUCUCCCUCUACAAUUCCCUCUCCCCCGCCCAAAUCCAGACCCUCCGUAACGUUGUCUUCCAAUCCGAAGGCAUCCAAUACCUCAAUUCAUCUGACGAAUUCCAUCUCAUCUAUCUCGCCUUCACCGAGAAGAUCGAAGAGCUCGAUCGAGCUGCGGCUGCCGUCUCCCGGCUCGGUGUCAAGUGCCAGCGCCAGGACCUUCGGGGCUUCGACCAUACCUACACCGAUCUGAAGAUCGGAGCCGUCGAUCUGCCCGGAUUGUCCUUCACCGCAAAGGAGAUCGGACGGAAGAUCGCGCAGAUGGAGAAGCACGUGUUGGCGACGGCGGAUCUGUACUCGGGUUUGGAGUCCUUGUCGGAAAUGGAGGCUUCGGAGCGGAAAUUGCAGCAUUGGAAGAGCUUCAGCGGCCCGAUACCAGCACAGAAGGUCGAUACAGAGAUGUUCGAGGAGAAGAUGACGUGGCAGCGCCAGCACGUGCAGCGCAUGCGCAACACCUCUCUCUGGAGCCAGCCGUUUGAUGACAUCGUAUUGCUCAUGGCCCGGUUCGUCUAUACCGUUUUUUCCAGGAUUUGUGUCGUUUUCGGUCCUUACGUAUCGGAUCUCCCGCAAGUUGUUUCGGACGGAAACGUGGUCUCCGUCGCGCCCAAGCAAGUGCAGUUCAACCCGUUCCGUUCAGGCCCUUUGGAAAGAUCGGUGGCAAAAGACGUAAUUGUGACGAAUUCCGGGCCUCUUUACAUAAAACCACGUAGCGGGAUCGAAAUGUUUCGGAAUCAUGAAGACAAUGUCGGAUCCGAUCGGAAACAGCGAAAGAGGCUGCGGAUCACAGAGUGGGCUGAACCGACGACGGUUGGCGGUGCAGGGCUGGCUCUUCUUUAUGCCACCGUGGUAAUCCGAGCUGAGAGCCUUCUGAAUUCUGCGGGGCCGAUCGACGCGGAUGCGCGGGAGAACUUGUAUCAGAUGCUGCCAGCAGAGCUGCAGACGGCGGUGAAUGUGAAGAUCAGGAAAUGCUUGCAGUGCGACGAAUCAUGGUCGUCGGACAAGCUGAUCGUGGAGGGAUGGAGAGAGGCGCUGGGCGGGAUUUUGGGGUGGCUGGCUCCCUUGGCUCACAAAAUGGUUACGUGGCAGGCGGAGCGGAGCUUGGAGCAGCAGCGAUUUGAUUCUCAGACCACCGUUCUGCUACUCGAGACGCUUUAUUUCUCCGAUCGGGAGAAGACGGAGGCGGCGAUCGCAGAGGUGUUGGUUGGAUUGAGUUGCAUUUUACGGCACCAGGAUCGGCGGUCGUCGACGCCGGGCAAACGGCCAGGUUUCAAGGGUCGGGAUUGUUGA